AUGAUGAGGAAGAGGGAGAGAGAAAACCCCUGCGGGGUAUGCGGCCACUACCACAAGUACGAAGAGGGUGAGGUUUGUGGGAUUUGCGGCCACCGUAUGCCUGAAUCCACCGCCGAUAAGUCUCCUUCCCUUCACCUCAGCGCGUUUCCUUCUCAGAUCCUCCCCGACUUCCUUUUCUUAGGCAGUUACGACAACGCUUCUCGAUCCGAGCUCCUCAAAACCCAAGGAAUUACUCGUGUACUUAAUACAGUUCCUGCUUGUCAAAAUCUUUACAAGAAUUCAUUCACCUAUCACUGCCUCCAAGAUGAUAAAAUUUUACAAUUUGAUGAUGCAAUUAAGUUCUUAGAGCAAUGUGAGAGGGAUAAGGCUCGUGUUCUUGUCCAUUGCAUGUCUGGGAAAAAUAGGUCUCCAGCUAUUGUAAUGGCUUACUUGAUGAAGUCCAGAGGAUGGAGUCUUGCACAAUGUUACCAGUGGGUGAAAGAGCGGAGACCACCUGUUGAUCUAACUCAAGCUGUCUACCAGCAGUUGCAGGAGUAUGAGCAGAAGAUUUUUGGGUCAAAUGAUAAUAGCAACCCUGCCCUUCCAGUCUUCCCUCCUGUAGGCACACCAUCUUUUAGCUUUGGCUUCCCAAAGGCCAAUGAUCCAGUUCCUGUCUCUGCAUUCAACGGUGUUGGUGCUCCCUCUAUUUUCACUCGUCCUCUAGAAGUUCCUCCACAAGAGUUCCAGUUUGGAGCUGGUCAUCCCCAGAACAUAUCAGAAAGCUCUCUUGAUACCAAUUUGCCAAAUCCUAAUGGUGGAGAUAUUCCAAUGGAUUCAUGA